AUGCUAAGCUUGAUCAAACUACCUCGAGUCUUCACUGUCAACCAAGUGCCAAAGGCAUUCCAUGAGGACAGCAUCAUUUCGGGUUAUCGACACCCUCGUAGUUCAGCCACAGACUGCGUCCUCAGCCUCUUCCAGUUAACCAAUGAGACUCUCAAUGUCUGGACACACUUCUUACCGACAUGGUAUUUCUUAUGGAAGCUGCUGACAGUGGUGUUGAUGAAGGAUGUGUGGAAUGAUGCGUUUACCUGGCCUCUGCUGGUGUUCCUGUUGUCUUGCUGCAUGUACCCGCUGGCUUCCAGCUGUGCCCACACAUUCAGCACCAUGUCAACCACAUCCAGGCACAUCUGCUUCUUCUUCGACUACGGAGCUCUCAGUUUCUACAGCCUGGCGUCAGCCAUCUCGUAUUCUGUGUACGUGACUCCUGACAUUUGGGUCAACAGUACUUUUCAUCAGUACUUCAUCCCCAUAGCUGUGUUUAACACAGUCGUCUGCACUGCGUUAGCCUGCUACUCACGGCUUGGUUUGACAUUUCUACAAUAUAACCAUAACAGCCUAAAGAGAUUUCCAGAAUUCCACAGUCCAAGGCUUGGAAAAACACUGCGCAUUGUUGCCUUUGCUUACCCCUACCUGUUUGACAACAUUCCUCUCUUCUACAGGUUAUUUCUGUGUGCAGGUGAAGGCUGUACUGAUAACCAAGCUAAUACUCUGCACUUCUAUCACACUGGCCUGGCAUUCCUCACGGGAUUUCUGUUCGCCACCCAUCUCCCCGAGAGACUGGCACCAGGACGCUUUGACUAUAUAGGUCACAGCCACCAGCUGUUCCACGUGUGUGCGAUCAUAGGCACUCAUUUCCAGAUGCAAGCCAUAGAGCAGGACAUGGGACUGCGCAGAGACUGGCUGCUCGCUCACGCUCCACCCAUUACCUUCGCCAACACUCUCGGUGCAGGGCUGCUGUGUAUCACCGUUAGCCUUUUCAUCAUCCUCAUCUUCAGUCUGUGCCUGGUGCAUGGCCCCCUCUUAAAGAGCAAACGGAGAACCAGUGUGGGUUUUACCACCGCUGGAGUCAAACAGCAGUCAGAGAAUCACUGA